CCCCCAUCAGCAUCGAUCUCUCCGUUUUCAUAUUUCAUUAAAAAACGCCUUUUCCACAACAACCCUCUCCUCCUACCCAUUUCAUCUCUCCUUUUCCCAUUAAAUUCAACAACUCAGAUUUGCUUUUCUUCAAUUUUCUCGUUUAGGGAUUCGAAUUCUGCAUCGGUUGAAGAAAUGAGUACCGGGGAACUCCUCAGCGUUGAUCCUGUAGAGCUCAAAUUCCCAUUCGAAUUGAAUAAACAGAUCUCUUCCUCGCUUCAGUUAACGAAUAAGACCGAUAACCAUGUGGGUUUCAAGGUGAAGACGACGAAUCCGAAGAAGUAUUGUGUUCGUCCAAACACCGGAGUUGUUUUGCCUCGAUCAACAUGUGAAGUUAUAGUAACAAUGCAAGCUCAGAAAGAUGCUCCUCCUGACAUGCAAUGUAAAGAUAAAUUUCUCCUUCAGAGUGUAAUUGCAAGCCCAGGAGCAACCCCUAAGGACAUAACCCCUGAAAUGUUUACUAAAGAACCAGGGCGUAAAUUGGAAGAAUGCAAAUUAAAAGUGGUUUAUCUUCCUCCAAAUCCAUCAACUUCAGCCAUUGCACAAGCUAAAGAAGAACCACUCUUUUCACCAAAGUCACCAGCCAUAACAGAUAAGGGGAAUUUCAGUGGGCCCGAGGUUUCAAGAAGCUACGUUGAAUCUCAAGAUAAAUCCUCCGAGGUGAGAUCUCUUCUUUCAAAGUUGACAGAUGAGAAGAAUGCUGCUAUUGAACAAAGUAAAAGAAUUCGACAAGAAAUGGAACUUUUGAGGCGUGGAAGCAACAAAAGCCAAGGGAGUGGUGGUAUCCCUUUGAUCCUUGUGAUCAUUGUUGCUUUGAUUGGGUUGAUUCUUGGAUAUCUCAUGAAGAAAUGAUUGUUCAUUGUAGACGUUUAUUGAGUUGAAUUUUUUAUUUUCUUAAAAUGGUCAUAAUUGAUGUAGGAAAGGGAAGAUUUUAACGAGUGUUUUGUUUAUUUUUUAUUUUUCACAUUUUAAAGUAGUUUCAUAACUUUAGAAACUUAUAGUA